AUGGCAGAAUUCACUCAUGAAAGUACGGAAAGCCAGGAGGAAGAGGAACUACAGGAGGAAGUGCUAGAUUUCGCACCAGCCGCAUUGGAUGACUCUCUGCCAGAGGUAGAAGAUCCUUUGCAGGAAAUAAAUUUGGGAACAGAGGAGGAUCCAAGGCCAACCUUCAUAAGCGCACUAUUAAAAGAGCCACUUAAGAAUGAACUCGUUGCACUUCUACAAGAGUUCAAAGAUUGUUUUGCUUGGCAUUAUCACGAGAUGCCAGGAUUAGACAGGGAAUUGGUAGAACACAAGCUACCAAUCAAAGAGGGAUACCUUCCAGUCAAACAGGCCAGAAGAAGAAUGUCCAUGGACACAGAACUGAAAGUCAAAGAAGAAAUAGAAAGGCUGCUCAAAGCAGGAUUCAUCAGGCCUGCCAUCUAUGCUGAUUGGCUAGCUAACAUUGUACCAGUUCUAAAAAGGAAAACUGGGGCAGUCAGAAUCUGCGUGGAUUACAGAAACCUGAAUGAAGCCUCUCCCAAGGAUGAAUACCCUAUGCCAAUGGCAGACAUGCUAGUAGAUGGAGCUGCCCACAACCAGAUGCUAUCUUUUAUGGAUGGCAACGCAGGUUACAAUCAGAUCAUGAUGGCAGAAGAAGACAUCCACAAGACAGCCUUCAUGUGUCCAGGGCAUAUAGGUGCUUUUGAAUACACUGUAAUGCCUUUUGGCUUGAGAAAUGCAGGGGCUACCUAUCAAAGGGCAAUGAAUUCUGUUUUCCACGAUAUGAUAGGGCAUUCCUUGGAAGUGUAUAUUGAUGAUGUUGUGAUCAAAUCACCAGAGGAGGGAAACCACAUGACAAAUCUAAGAAGAGCAUUCCUCAGAAUGAGGCAACAUAAACUGAAAAUGAACCCAAAGAAGUGCGUUUUUGGAGUUCAAGCGGGAAAUUUCCUAGGAUUCUUGGUCCACCAAAGAGGCAUAGAGAUCGACAAGAACAAAGCAAAAUCCAUCAUAGAAGCUUUACCGCCUAGGAACAAGAAAGAAUUGCAAAGUCUCUUAGGAAAAAUUAAUUUUUUAAGGAGAUUUAUAUCCAAUUCUGCAGGAAAGAUCCAGCCUUUCUCUUCUUUGUUAAGAUUGAAACAGGAACAAACCUUUAAGUGGGAAGAACAACACCAGCAAGCUUUUGAGGAAAUCAAGCAUUACCUCUCAAAUCCACCAGUUCUGUCCCCGCCGAAGAGAGGCAGGCCACUCAAGCUCUAUAUAUCUGCAUCAGAAGUAUCCAUUGGAAGUUUAUUGGUUCAGGAUAACAAGGAAGGAAAGGAACAGGCGGUUUACUACCUAAGCAGAACUCUGACAGAAGUGGAAAGGAAAUAUUCUGCAAUUGAGAGACUUUGCCUAGCCCUUGUACUUCACUGCUAUCUGAUCAAAUACAUGCUGACAAGACCAAUGCUGAGAGGCAGAAUUGGAAAAUGGACCUUGGCCUUGACAGAAUUUGCCUUCAGAUAUGUCCCUCAGAAAGCCGUCAAAGGACAAGCUGUGGCAGACUUCCUAGCAGAUCAUCCCGGAGAGGAGAUUGAAAAUAUGGACUCUUUAGACAUAGCAAAUGCAGAUCUAUUAACCAGAGCUCACACCUGCCUCAACAAUCCUAUCUACUCAGUCAUCUUACACCUUGGAAGAAUUGUUUUGGAAGAACCACUUGGAAUCAGACACUGCUACUCUUUCCAAUUAGAUUUCCAAUGCACCAACAAUAGGGCAGAAUAUGAGGCCUUAAUCAUUGGCUUGGAAAUGCUGGUAGAAUUAGGAAUCCAGUCUGUGGAAAUCCUGGGAGAUUCCAUGCUGGUUCUAAAACAAAUUGCUGGGGAAUACAAGUGCCUAAGCCCUUCUCUGGCUGUCUACUUGGUGGCAGCUAGGAAUCUUCUGACAGAAUUCAGAGAGGCCACUUGGGAACAUAUCCCAAGGGAAGAAAAUUUUGCAGCCAAUGAAUUGGCCCAGGUGGCAACAGGCAUACAAAUACCCGAAGACUGUGUACAAAGAAUCAUCAAGAUAGGAAAGAAAAGCUUACCAUCGGUUCUGGCCAGGGGGAUGGAGAUAGAUGUCAACUCUGCCACAAUCACUGAAGAUGAUUGGAGGAAUCCUAUCAUGACCUAUCUACGAUAUCCAACUUUGCCCUCUGAGAAGAAAGUCAGAAUCAUGGCUUUAAACUACCUUAUGUGGAAUGAAGAUUUGGUCCGAAAGAGUAAGGAUGAGGUGCUUUUAAGGUGCCUCGGGAAGAAAGAAUACAUGAAAGUUAUGGGGGAAACCCAUGAAGGAAUCUGUGGAGCACAUCAAGGUGGGAAGAAAAAUGUGCUGGUUAAUUAG